AUGACAGAUAGAUAUUCCUUCUCACUAACGACAUUUUCUCCAAGCGGUAAAUUGGGUCAAAUUGAUUACGCUCUGACUGCUGUUAAACAAGGUGUUACGUCCUUAGGUAUAAAGGCAACAAAUGGUGUUGUUAUAGCCACUGAGAAGAAAUCUUCAUCUCCAUUGGCUUUAACUGAAACUUUGUCAAAGAUUGAACUAAUUACACCAGAUAUUGGUGCAGUAUAUUCUGGUAUGGGUCCGGAUUACAGAGUCUUAGUAGACAAAUCAAGAAAAGUCGCACAUACACAUUAUAAAAGAAUCUAUAACGAAUACCCUCCAACAAAACUAUUAGUAUCAGAAAUAGCAGAGAUUAUGCAAGAGGCAACACAAUCUGGUGGUGUUAGACCAUUCGGUGUCUCUUUACUAGUGGCUGGACAUGAUGAACAUCAAGGUUUCAGUUUAUACCAAGUUGAUCCUUCUGGAUCUUAUUUCCCUUGGAAGGCAACUGCCAUAGGGAAAGGUUCUACCGCAGCAAAGACCUUCCUUGAAAAAAGAUGGAAUGAUGAAUUAGAAUUGGAAGAUGCCAUCCAUAUUGCUCUAUUAACUUUAAAAGAAUCGAUAGAAGGUGAAUUUAAUGGUGAUACAAUCGAAAUUGGUGUUAUUGGAGAACCAAAUCAAGAUCUAUUGGGUUAUACCGGUGUACCAAGUGAUAAGGGCCCAAGAUUUAGAAAAUUAACCUCUCAAGAAGUUAACGAUAGAUUAGAAGCCCUCUAA